AUGGCUUGGUUGGCCCUGCAGAUGCUGCUGCUUUCAUGCCGGUCGCCACCUCUGAUCAUUCCCGGGGUGAAGUGGCGCAGCCCCCCUUCGAGGCAGAAAGACUUCAGAAAAGGGAUAACAGAAGGGGUUACCAAGAGCCAUGGCCCGGAGCCAGAUCGUUCUCCGUUCUCGCCCGUCAGCCUAGACCGGCUCAAGUCUGAAGAACUUGGGAUGGACAACGGUAGGGAGGAUUCUGCGACGUUCCAAGUAUCCUCAGAAGUAACAAUAAGGGGGAGAAAGGGUGGUACAGAAACCGGCUGUGCUCAAGACCCUCUCAGCCCUGUCAAAGAAAGGGGCAACUUGAUGAUGCUUGCAAAUGGCUCGAUGAUCUGA